UGUCUUCUGCGCCUCUCUCCUUGCUGCUUUUGUGCACUGUUCUCCUCUGUGCAAACCCGUUCCAACCUAGCCGCAUUUUAAGAACUUCACAAGAAUGAAAAACCCGACCGGGGUUCGCUGCGCGGAGAACCAAGAACUGGCGUCAUACAUGGCGAACAAGUGGAAGGAAAUGGCGGAGCAGCCGAAAGGGAUUUCGGAUAACAUAGAGAUGGCCCUCUCUAAGGCUCACUUUAACGUCUGUAACUCAAAAAUCCCAAUUCGAACCAUCAAAGAUUUCUCUCAGGUCAAGGGUGUGGGGAAAAUGAUCUUGAAGCUCAUGCAGGGUUUUUUUGGGACUGGUGCAGGAGGUUCUGAAUCAGAAGACUUGAAGAGAAAGGGAAAGAAAAAUAGAGGAAUGAAGUGCUAUGUGCCUCAGAGGAACUCUGUGGCAUAUGCUCUGUUGAUAACCCUUUACAGGAGGACUGUAAGUGGGGAAGAAUUUAUGCGAAAACAAGAACUUAUUGAUGCUGCUGAAGCUAGUGGGCUAUCUCGAGUGCCAAUUGCGCCAGAAAAAGGGAAGGGAAAACCUGGACGAUUUGGAAGUUCUCCUCGGGAUUGGUAUAGUGGAUGGAGCUGUAUGAAGACUUUGAUAGAUAAGGGAUUAGUUGUAAAAUCAAGUUGUCCAGCAAAAUACAUGCUAACUGAAGAAGGUAAGGCAGCAGCAUGUGAUUGUCUUUCAAGGUCUGGAAUGGCAGAAUGUCAAGGAAAGUCUGUUUCUGUUGAUACUCCAUCUAAUAUGUCAGAUAGGGAAGUCAAUGGUGAUGAUUUGGAAUCAGAAGUUAUGUCACCAUUGACACAACAAAAGAAGCCAAUGGAUGUUUCUCUUGAAUCUCUUUUGAAGUUCACAGGCAUGGGUUUCUCAAAGGAACAAAUUGUUAGUUCUUUUGCUGAAGUUUCCAGAAGCCAUCCAAAUGAAGAUGUCUCAUCUUUGUGGCCGGCUGUUUUGUGUCAUCUACGAGAGGAGCAAAUCUAUGGUUCACAUCCAAAGUCUUUGACAGCUAUAAAUGAUUGCCAUGAUACUAGUGCUAAUACUGUUCUAUCUGGUUCCAAAGACCUCAUUGGAAACAAGAGCAGAACUGCGAGUUCAGCCUGCAAUGACCAUGUGCCAAAUUUCUCUUCUGAUAUUCCAUCUUUCCUCUUGAGAGCUUGCCCAUCAGCUGUUGAUUCUGUGCAAAUGCCAAGGAAGGAUGAGCUGUCAUCAAAGAUGACCAGUUUAAGUGUUCCACCCUUGAGCUUUGGUGAGAAGUUUGAGGAGGUAUAUCAAGUCAUUUUAAUAUUGGAUGAUCGGGAGCAAUUUGCCACUCAAGGAUCUCGAUCUAGGAAAAUUAUUGAGGAAAUUCGGAUCCAAUUCAAAAUCCAAAUAGAGGUACGACGAUUGCCUGUUGGAGAUGGGAUCUGGAUAGCACGUCAUAAAAUUCUUAAGACUGAAUAUGUAUUGGAUUUUAUUGUUGAGAGGAAAAACAUUGAUGAUUUGCGCAGUUCAAUCAGGGAUAACCGCUACAAGGAUCAAAAACUAAGGCUUCUGAGGUGUGGAUUGAAGAAGCUGAUAUAUUUAGUGGAAGGUGACCCAAAUUCUUCCGAAGCUGCUGAAUGCAUAAAAACUGCCUGUUUUACAACAGAGAUUCUGGAGGGAUUUGAUGUGCAGAGGACGAGUGGUUUAGGUGAUACUCUCAGGAAGUAUGCUUAUCUCACCCAAGCAAUUUCUCAAUGUUACAAGUCAAGAGAUUUUGAAGGCCAUGUCGUAGGUUUUGCACCAUGUCCUCCUUUCGAUGAAUUUAUUAAACAGUGUCAAGACUCUGGAAAAAUGACAGUCAGUGAUGUAUUUGCCAUCCAACUUAUGCAGGUUCCACAGGUUACAGAGGAGGUUGCCAUGGCGGUUUUAGAUUUGUACCCCACACUUUUAUCUCUCGCUCAUGGCUACUCACUACUCGACGGUAAUUCUUGUGCCCAAGAGGACAUGCUUCGAGCACGGAGUAACAAUGCAAUCCCUGCGGCUGCUAGCAGGAACAUUUUCCAGUUUAUUUGGGGUAGCUGAUUUGCAUUCCUCCUGGAGUUGGAUUUUUUAACCCCCUACCAUGUAAAUUCAGUAAGGAAUGGUGAACAAGUUUUUUCUUCUUACAACUUUGGUAUUGGUAGCAUCGUAUUAUAGUAUGUGUAUAUAAGGGAAAUUAGGCGUAUUUUUUAACCAUAAUUAGCAAGAUAAUAUAAGGUGUCUUUUUCCGUUGAUAAGGUGCAAAGGUCACUAGUUAAGUACCAUUGAAUUUCUUACGUAAUAGAAUUUAUUGAUUUAAUGA